AGCAACGAGGCAAUAUGGCGGUCUAGUUCGAAGCUCGAACUAACAUUGAUCUAUUUCGUUUUUACAAAGGAUUUCAAAAGAGUUAAAUGUUAUUUCCAUCUAUUGCAAAACAUAGAUAUCCUGCGUGGUAAUCAAGGAAGUAAUUUAUUUUGGUGAAACUUAAUCAUUUGAAGCUACCAAAAACUGAAAUGAGUAGUCUUAGUGCAAAGCCCUCUCGUGAAAAAGAAAAGGAGGUGAGGGAAAUGUAUGACUUGAAACAGAAGGUACUUAUGUACUAUAAGGAGAAUGGAGUUCCACAAAAAAUGGAAGAUAUCCUCAACACAAUGUACGCUGAUGAUCCAGAUGAUCCUUAUGGACACGUGGCAAAUUACUUUGAAAGUUUUUCUAAGACGCCAACAAUCACAAAGCUUUUAGCAAGAGAAGCAUUUGAUAGUAAAGGACAACCUACAGUGCAGACAGAAGUUUACUGUGUUGUCAAGAACUUUGAGCAGCUCCUAGCAACUGCCACUUUAUCCAGUCAGAAUUGGUUGCCAGACUCUGCCCGCCAAGAGGACAAGGACACGGAGGACGCAGAGAGACAGGAGUUUGUUACUGCAGCUGUGGAGCAUGUUAAUGGAUCCCUCAGUGCUGCACUGAAAGGAGUUGACCCUAAGAAUCAGAAAGAAGUGGAUCAGAUUAUAUAUGAAAUCAUUGAGAGGAUGAGGUUGAAGGAGGUUGAAGAGCGUGUGGCCAAGGAACAAGAGUUGGCAGCUCAGCAAGAAGAAGAACAAGCUGCAGCACUAGCUGCUGAGGAAGCUAAUUCUAAGGGAAAAGCUAAAUCACCUCCUAAAUCUCCAAAGGGUAAGGGGAAAGCUCCAGCAGUUGCGGUUAUUCCUGAUGAGCCAAAGGAAGAAAUGUACAAAGGUAGCAAUUGCCUUGGAGCAGUGUCUAUUACAGUAUGCCAGGCAGCUGCACAGCUCAAGAAAGUAGAACUAUAUGAGCAUAUAGCAAGUCUAAGGUUUGAGAAGAUGCCAUCUAAAUUUUGUGUUCCUCUCCCCAUGGUUACAAUACUUCAGAGUGGAAAGGCCUUUCCUGGAAAGUUGAAUUGUGUUAAAGAAUUCAUGCUAGUUCCAAAACCUGGGAUGCCAGUGCAAGAGGCUAUGAGGCACAUGACAACCAUCUCUAAUAAUAUUGCAAAAGGACUAAUGGCAAAGGCUGGGAUUAUCCAGAAAAAUGUGAAUGACCUUGGGUCACUGUGCCCCCAGAUUGACCGUCCUGAGCAGGGACUGGACAUGCUACAGGAUGCCAUAACAGGGCUAGAGCUGACCCCUGGGGAAGACUUCCACAUAGUUCUAAAUUGUGGGGCACAUGAGUGGUUUGAUGCUGAAAAAGGCAAAUAUGAAGUGAUUGGAGGAUUACAGAAGUCUUAUGAAGAUAUGGUUGAGUUUUGGGCAGAGCUGCUGGGCAGAUAUCCCUCUGUGAUAGGUCUUAUUGAUCCCAUCAGACAACAGGAGAAAAAACAGUGGAUGGAAAUCUGUGACAGGCUCUCCGAGAGAUGUUUUAUAAUUGGUGAGAAUGUGUACAGCAGGCCAGGUCUUCUGAAGCAUGAUGAACUCACAGAGGAGUUUGUCAGCAGUGGGGUAGUGUUCAGACUGGAGCAGAUGAACCAAGUGACUGACAUACUGGACUGUGCCAAGAAAAUGGAAGAAGCAGGGAAUCAGAUUAUCUUGUCCUCAUGCCAGGGUGAAACCAGUGACACACAAAUAGUAGAUAUGGCUGUGGGUCUUAAUGCAAGGUUCAUAAAAGUUGGAGGUCCAAGCCGAGGAGAGAGAAUUGCUAAAAUAAACAGACUUUUACAAUUAGAAGACAAUUUAAGUAAACAAGGAAAGCUGUCACCUCUAGAACCUCAUGCAUUUCCAAAGAUCUCUCCUCCUCCAGUUCCUGAGGAAGAAGAACCAGGAUCAGAAACAGCCAGCCAGCGCUCUGGUUCAGGAAGAAAAAAAUAAUUUGACUGAUUUAUGCGCUAGAUU